AUGCUAUGCGCAAGUGAGGGGCUACGCCUGUUUCGAGCUUUGUCGGGCUCUCGAAUCUAGGGUUUCUGUCGUUGGUUCUUACUCCGGUUGCUUAUGUCCUCGCUUUUUUUUGUUUUUGCCAUUGUGCUAUGCGCAGUCUCUGGGGAGGUGCCGGAGGAACCGGUAGUCUCCAAGAAAUCCGGGCUUCUGUUCGAGAGGCGUCUGGUUGAGCGACACAUUUUGGUAGGUUCUCUCAGCGUCCUUCCUCUCCUCGCUGUUUGAGUAAUCUUCCUUGGCUUUCUGUGGUCACUCCUGGCUCCACUGUUUUUUCGGGACAUCCCAUGCAGUUGUCUCCCGUUUGCGCGUUUCUUCGUCUAAACUUUGUGGUUAUCACAUCUUCACGAGUCUGGUCUCAACUGGUUAUCAGGAUUCCGGAAAAUGUCCAGUUACUGGAGAGGCACUCGCAAUGGAUGACAUUGUACCUGUGAAGACAAAUAAGGUUAUUCAAAUAGUAUCUCUUUCUCCUUUUCCUUUGCUGACUGGGCUUGUGUUUUUGGAUAAGAGAAGGCCUGCUUAGAUUUUAAUCUGAACGAGAAAAAUCUGUCUUAAUCAUUGUGCAUGUUUUUUUUCAAAGUUAUUGCCUAAUCAUUGGUUUCAGAAUUAUUAUUAUCAUUAUUUUCUAUCUGAGCUCAACAUCCUAUUCCUCUCCGUUCCUUUUGUUUUUUUGUCUGACAGGCAGUGAAGCCUAGGCCCUUGCAGGCUGCUAGCAUCCCUGGUUUGCUUGGGAUUUUCCAAAAUGUGAGUAGUUUUUCUUACCGCUUACCUCUCUUUAUGCCUCUCUGUUCUUUAUGUCCUGUUAAGCUCAUUAAAAGUAGUAUAUUACGCGGUGUAAUUUACCUAAAACCUAUAUUUUGGAAGUAAAAUUGUUCUGACAUCUACGAUAAAACAUCAGAGGUAGAUAUUUAUUUAAACAUUCUAUUAAAGUAAGCUUUCCCAGUCGCAUGUUGCCUUUAUAAAUUUUUGGAGCACACGUCUGACAGGAAUGGGAUGCGUUGAUGCUAUCCAAUUUUGCAUUGGAGCAACAAUUGCACACCGCUAGGCAGGAGCUGAGUCAUGCUUUAUACCAGGUUAUUCCUAUUUUCUGUUUUUAACGUAAAAUAGAAUUCGAAACAUUGUUGCCAUGCUGUAUUUGUGAGGAUUCCCUCGUAGAUACGGACCCAAUGGCAAACAGGCAUCAUAUGUUAUGCUGUAUUUCUUUGCUAGCCAUAUUUUAUUCGUAUGCCUCUUAAACUUGCAAUAAGUUUGUAUAUACAUGGAUGUGCGUGAUGGUACAUUAUUGUAUGUUAUAUCAUGUUCAAAACAUUCGAAACAGGAUUUUUGCUUCGUUCAGGACACUACAACAUUUAGAGUGAUGUAUUUGCAUUCGUUGAUGAAGAGACAGUUCAAAUGGAGAAAGGAAAGGCCUAGUUUGAUUGAUAAGUAUGGUUCCAAGGGGAUUAUCUGGUUCAAUAUUACAUAUGGCCCCUCUUUUCCCUUCCAUUAUGCCUUCCCUCCCAGAUAAGUUGGUUAGAGUUUCUGGAAUUAUUUUAUUUGUCUUGAAUCAUGAUUCGAAUCAUGUUAGGCAUGCCAAAAUUCUAUCCUCGAAGAUCAACGUCGGACUCCUUUCCUCUGCUGCUUGAUCCCGAUUUGCGUCAUGUUAGGAGGGCCUACCUUCUAUCCCGAAAAUAGACUUCUGAACCAUUUUAUCUACUGCUUAAUCUCCCUAGCGAAAACUCUAGACCUGCUGCAAUUUGGUAUUAUUAGGCCUUGUUGUUGAAGUUCAAAUUUGUUGGGCCUGAAAUUCACCUGAAUAUGUUGGUUAGCUCAAGACAGCGAUCAUGCAUUCUCACUUGCUGUGGUCUCUAUGGAGCGCAAAGUUGAUCCUUUAAAUUUCAUAUCCUUUAAAUUUCAACGACUUUUAACGUCACUGGUUAAAUAUAAUGAGAUAUAGUUUCAGCCGUGAUAAUCAGAGAUGCAAUGAUUCAUAAAUGGCAUGUUCCUAAGGCACAGAAUUGUGAAAGUUAAUGAAAUGAUAUGGCUCCAUGGGCAUGGCACAUCUGCGGAAUUGUCUGAUUCUGUAUCAAAAUCUGGGAUCUUUUAAUAAGUAACAAGUCAAGAAGAAAAUAUAUUAAGGUUGUGAUUCGUACUCAGAAGUACUCCCUAAAUCUGAUACUUGCUGAAGUUGCCAUUAUCUCUGAGAAGCAUGCGAAGUUAUAAUCUUUACAACAACAAAAAAACUCUAAAAAUAUAGAGAAACGGUGUUACAACAAGUUUCUCUCUUUUUAGCCUGACUAUGACAACCUGUUAAAGCGGUUAUAACACGCAGUUACAGUGGUGUUGAUGGCCAGUUAAGAGGGUGUAGUCUGUGACACACCCAGUUAAAGCGGUAUUAACAGUUUAUGGUCUUGACUGUAUCACAACAUACAAAGGUAGCGUUGAAAGCUUGAUGAGGUGGCUGUGUUACCCCGUUUAAGCUUCUUUCUCAUGCCAUUGAUGUGAUUUCAGCUCGACAUCAAUAUAAUACUAACAAUCAGCUAUGUGCAUUGUUUAGUGAAUUAUCGAGAGGAUUUCAGGAGCGUCCCGACGUCUUUUGAGCCUAAAGACAGUCUAACGGGUGAUGUCAAGUCAUUGUGGAUAUGAACAGAACUCUAUCUUGAAUUGUGCGAUGCUAAUUCCUUGGGCCAAUUUAACCCCGUGAAAGCUACGAAUACUAUGUAGCAUUGGAACAUCUUAUACUAUGGUGUUUUGUUGUUGGAAACGUUGUAUCUAGAUAUUUUAUUUUUACACUGUUGACUUAUUGUUAUACUUGACUCUGGUCUCAGUGAACCGUUGAAACCAGUUCGGUUUGUGGGAAACCUAUCUAUUAACUUUGAACUUUGUUUUCUUCAACGUGUUGCCAAGGCGACAUGGUGGUGUAGAUGACCAAGGCGUUGAGAUCCUCACCUAGGCAAACAGCCCCAUAAGGUGCUUAAUUAGACCAGGCAUUGGGCACAUCCAUUCGGUGCCUGAGUCGAGGCUGUGGCCGAGGAUAAUGGUUUCUGGAAACCUUAAUAUUACCGUAUUGACAGAUGCACAUGACUCACCAUCACAUGGAUUUUUCGUGUCUGAAUGCAUAUUAGUUGUCUCUUGCUUGACGUCCCAUAAGAUGACAAGUCUGGCCAAACGCCGACGAGAACUGUGAAGACACCGUCACAAUUCCGCCCAACUAUAUGGGGAACCUAAUGAGGUUUCCACAUACAUAUUUUUGCUGCAAAAUCCUUCCUUAGUUCUUCCGUAGUGGCUUCAGCACGCAGGGCAACUGUUUUGGUAGUGCUUGCACAUGGGUUAUUCAAGCCUGCAGCCCACCAGUUGUCUUUAGGCGCGGCUGCUGCAUCUGGAGCAGCAUUAUCAUUGGCUAUUGGUGCUGUCCUGGAUGCUUUGAGCUUCUGAAAAUCGCCAUUGGCAAAUCUUUGUUGGUGUGACUUUGUGGGUGAUAUGGGGGCUGGUUCAUUAGAUCUCUGAAACUAUUAUAUUUCGCACGCUCAUUAUUUUUGGGUGUGAGUUUUUUUCUUUUGUAUUCUUUGUUUCACAGUUUUCUCCUUUUAUAUUCUCUGUUUCAGUUUUUUUGGCUUCGGUGGUAUUGGUGUACCGUUGCUUUCAUUACCUUCAAAUCUAUGAUUUGAACUUCUGUCGACGUAUUUUAGUGUUUCGUUUGAAAUUCGAUCACUGAUACAUUGAAUAUUAUUCAGCACGAUGCUGCAUGCCGUGUGAUUGCACGACUUAAAAAGGAGAGGGAUGAAGCAAGGACCUUGCUAUCCGAGGCGGAGAGAAAGAUCCCCUUACUCUCAGCAUCUGAACCAAGUGCAGCUGUCACCAAUGGAAAAAGAUGUAUACUUGAAAACCGUUUUGUAAAAGGUUUCAUUAAUCCAGAUGCUAGGAAUAACACUAUAUCUUACAUUUCAUCUCCAUUUUUGCUUGCCUUGUAGCUGUGGAAGAUUAUGAUGUGGGCCCUGAUGGGAAGAGAAUUCGCCCUGGUAUCACAAACGACAUCAUUGAGGAGCUUUCAAGCUGCAAUACGUUGCUUUCGGCACAACGUAAAAAACGCCAGGUAACGUUUUUUCAUAUAAUGAUAUUUAUGAAUUGAACCAGUAAUGUAUGGCAUAUCCUGUGUGCAUCUGUUCCUUCAUGCGUGUUAUAAUACAGUUUUUCUCAGAAAAAUGCUUCAAGAUGCUUGGUUUCCACAAUUUUGGUAUUAAUUGUUGUUUGAUGUGCUUAUCUGCUUGUGUUUAUUGCACUCGUCAUUUCUGUUUGAUACGCGAUAACAAACUGGUAGUGCCAUUCUGAUGCUUUUAUCUAUUUCGUUAUUAAUCAAUCUACAUGAUUUCGAUAUCUUCUUUCUGAAUAUUAUUCAUCUCCACUAUUAUUUCCUUGAAGUUUUCUAUUUGAAGACAACAAAGAUAUAGACGUACCUUUAAGAACAGAGGGUUAUUUUGAUUGGUACGGUCCUUAUUCGUUGCAUUUUAUAUUAACCUUUGAAAUUGUCAAUUUCUAGGUUCCACCCACGCUCACACCUCUUGAAACUCUAGAGAGCUUUACACAACUUUCAAGUCAUCCGCUUCACAAGACAAGCAAACCCGGCAUACUGUCUGCUGAUAUACAUCCUUCAAAGGUACAUCCAUGAUUUGCACGAUACUUUAAAUAGGUAAUACAUUUGGUAAUAUAUUAUGGGUUAAUUUUUUCCAUCCUUUGCUGGCGUUUACCAUGGAGAUGCCGGCACAUGCUGCCAUUGACAGUAACUUUAAAAUGUUUUGCCUCUUUGCAAUCAUUCCUAAUAAACGAAUUGAGUUUUUAUAGUCACAGAAGUAGAGGCCAAUAUGUCAUCAGUUGGACGAAUGGCUGAACUACAUUGGUCAUUGUGGCAUUUGUAUGCAUUAAAAAUAUUGUGGAUUUCUGCUGUGUAUACUUAUUUAGAAGUCAUGGAUAUUAUCAUAAUUCGUGUGCCCGAAUUGGGUGAACAGUUAUGCACUUGCAUUACACAUGCCAGAAGAAUGCUUCUUUCCUUGGUUAUUCGCUAGUGCAGAGACUUAAAAUCUCUUGAUGACUGUCAGGAUAUUAUUGCAACUGGUGGAGUUGAUGCUACCGCUGUACUCUUUGAUCGGGGAUCAGGCGAGAUAUUAUGCACUCUGACUGGUCACUCAAAGAGGGUCAGUUGCCCCACCUUUUUAUCUAAAGCUUCCUAUAUGUUGACUUUCUUCUCUCCUUGGAUGGGUUUUGCUUUCAUAUUUCUGUGAUUGGAACGUCAUUUGGUUGGGACCUUCUUCCUGUUACAGGUGACCAGUGUCAAAUUUGUGCCACAAGAUGAGCUGUUUGUGACUGGCUCAGCUGAUAAGGUGAAUAAUCCUUUGGUGGAAGCUUUAUAUCCUUUAUCUGCACCAUCAGUUUUAGCCCCCUUCGUAAUGGCCAUCAGCUUACCAUAUCGGCUGACGUGGGCGUCAAUUGAUAUUAUUCCAAUGCCACUGGGCGACAACUAACCGUCUUUAGUCUGGUCAGAGCUUUAAACUAGAAUUACUUACUGUGCUUAGUCUCCAGCUUUAAAGGUCCUGGACUUGGAGGAUUUAUUUUAUCUGUCUCACCAAUCUUUUUCUGCAUGAAUUAUUCUGAUAAUGUUCCUUCUUGUAGACCAUCCGUUUAUGGCAAGGUGCAGAUGACGGGAACUAUAACUGUUUGCAUGUACUGAAGGAUCAUACUGCUGAGGUCGGCCCGGUUUAUCUCUGCCAUCUAUAUCAAUUUGGUGCUAUGUUUUAUCUAUCACCAUUAUUUUUAUGCACAGCCAUGUUUUCUCGCAGAAUCUCGUGCUUACUGUCACAUGUAGGGUUAGUUGUUCUUCUUUGCUGAAAAUUUUUAGUUUUAGAUAUGGAUGGGACAACUACUUCUCGUUCACCAUGUCAGCAGAUUUUAUGAUUCAUGAUGAGAGGAAUUCUCCUGCAAAUUAAUAUCAGCUUUGCCACCGACAAAAUAUAUUCUUUAGCGCGGUGGAAAAUCCUAUGGAAAAUAUUUAAUACUUGAUCGGCAUGCAUUUAUGGAAGAAAUAAUGUGAGCUUGAAAAUGCUGAGUAGCUGUACACUUCCAAAGAACUAGUGAAGAAACAUAGAAGUAUGAACUAGGAGGACAUCAAGGCGGAAUCAUAUAGUGGAAAAUCCUAUGGAAAAUAUUUAAUAUCUGACAAUUUGGUAUGCAUUUAGGCAAGAAAUAAUGCAUGAGCUUGAGUAGCUGUACACUUCUAAAGCGGAAUCACCACCCUACGCUGGAAGAUAUUGGCCGAGGGAUGUAAACAGACACAAUUGUGUCAAUUUUCUAUUUAUUUCCCUCCCGGUUCUAUUAAUUUUUUCAGACCCUUUAAAAAUUUCCCUUGUUAAGAGGAUUUUUCUCUACUACUUUAGCUGAUCUUAUAUAAUAUACCGUGCUGGGGUCUUCCAUAUCAGCGCAAAGUCUCUCUCUGCAGUCUCACUUCUGUGCCACUGUUCUGAGAAUUCUCUGGGAUCUCUCUCAGGUCCAGGCGGUCACGGUCCACGCUACCCACAAGUACUUCGUCUCUGCUUCCCUCGACAACACGUGGUGUUUCUACGAUCUUGCAUCUGGACUCUGCCAUGCCCAGGUGGAUCUCUUACCCUUCCCUUCCUUUUUUUAUAAUUUUUUAUUAUUAAAAUAUGUUAUUUCUUUUGCAAUCUUUUUCUUUUAUUGGGGAAUAAUCUGUGUGAGCCACCACCGCACAGGUUGGCGAUCCCUCCGCCAAUGAGGGGUUUACCUCGGCGUCGUUCCAUCCUGAUGGCCUCAUCUUGGGCACUGGAACGUCGGAAGCUGCGGUCAAGAUCUGGGAUGUGAAGAGCCAGGUAGAGGGGUGCCCCUCUGAAUCCUCUUCUCUCUCUCUCUCUCUCUCUCUCUCUCUCUCUCUCUCUCUUUCGUUGUUCUUCUUCACCGUGUUGCUAAAAGAAAAGCACGCAUUUUUUUUUCCCUUGAUGCAGUCGAAUGUGGCUACGUUUGAUGGUCAUCUUGGGCCAGUGACUGCCGUUUCUUUCUCCGAGAACGGCUACUUCCUCGCGGUAUGCAUUCAUCCUUCUUGGCCUGAAUGAAGAAGAUGACGAUUCUGUCUGAUGCCCCUCUCUCUCUCUCUCUCUCUCUCUCUCUCUCUCUCUCUCUCUCUCUCUCUCUCUCUCUCUCUCUCUCUCUCUCUCAGACGGCAGCUUCUGACGGGGCGAAGCUGUGGGAUCUUCGGAAGCUGAGAAAUUUCAGAUCUUUUGCCCCAUACGACUCGGACACGCCGACGAACGCGGGUAGAACUCGGAUUCGCUUGGGGAGCUCCCUAUUUCCUUGUAUUAUCUCCGUGAUUCUCAUCCUUGGGUCCUCGGCUUUUCUCCAGUGGAAUUUGAUUUCAGUGGAAGUUACCUCGCGCUCGCCGGAUCGGACAUUAGGUUCGUGUCCAUUUCUUUUCUUUUGCUAGUUUUGGAAUAAUUUCCGGGUUUCUGGUUCCCAAGCUGAUCCCAGCUGCUUUCUUUGAUUCUUCUUCUUUUUGCUAUUUUUGGUAUCAUCUUGCAGGGUUUACCAGGUGGCAAAUGUGAAGGUCGAGUGGAACUCCAUCAAGACGCUUCCCGAUUUGUCUGGCUCAGGUUCUUCACCCCCCUUCUCUCUCUCUCUCGCUCUCUCUCUCGUGCUUGCUUGACCCACACGCCAUACGUAAAUUUCCCUUCCUGGGUACCUCCGCCGGCAAGCUCGCCGGAGCGCCGCCGCCCUAUAUCUAGCCUCACUUGUUUAUUUUUCACAUCUGGGUUUCGAUCUGUUCUCAGGUAAGAUAACCUGCGUGAAGUUCGGGCCAGACUCCAAGUACCUGGCCGUGGGGUCGAUGGAGGACCGCCACCUCCGGAUCUUCGGCCCCGCCGGGAAGGACGACUCCGAAGAAGCCUGA